AGUGCUGAAAAGUUCAUUAUCAGGCGGAAACAAGGUGCGAGCCUAUAACGGUUGGGUCAUGCCGGUCCUGAUGUAUUCUUUUGGUAUACUCAAGUGGACUCAGACUGAACUUAACGCCCUGGAUAGGCGAGUCCGAACACUGCUGACUGCAAAUCGUAUGCAUCACCCUCGUUCAUCGAUCAUGAGGUUGUACAUCCCGCGGAAGUGUGGGGGUCGAGGCUUAUUAAAUGCUAAGACCCUUCAUAACCGUGAGGUGUGCAACCUCAGGGAAUAUUUCCUGAAAGUAAACGAGGGUAUGCAUCGAGAAGUAGCAGCAGUGGACAAUGGAUUCACUCCACUAUCUUUAGCAAAAGAGAACUGGCGCAAACCUGUGGUAUUAAGCGUCAAUGACCGCAAGGAGGUAUGGCAUAGCAAGGAGCUCCACGGACGCUUCUUCCGGGCCCUUCAUGGACCCAGUGUAGAUUUUCUGGCGUCCGUAUCUUGGCUACGAUUCAGUAAUCUCUUUGGUGAAACUGAAGGAUUUGUCUGUGCAAUUAUGGACGAAGUUAUCCUUACGAAUAACUACCGGAAAUAUAUUAUUAAGGAUGGGACCGUUGACAUAUGUCGGGCAUGUCAUAGUCCUGGUGAAUCCAUAAGACAUAUAAUUUCUGGUUGUGGUCGUUUGGCUAAUGGUGAAUAUUUGCAUAGACAUAAUCAGGUGGCCAAGAUUAUCCACCAGCGACUUGCUUUGCACUACCAACUUGUUGAGUUUGAGGUUCCAUACUACAAGUAUGUGCCCGAUCCAGUUCUCGAAAACGGCCAUAUCACGUUGUACUGGGAUCGAUCUAUCAUCACUGACAGGACUAUUGUAGCCAAUAAACCUGAUAUAGUGGUGAUAGAUCGGCAAGCGCGCCGCGCGAUGAUAGUCGAUAUCACCAUUCCUCAUGACGAGAACCUCGUGAAAGCUGAAAAAGAUAAACAAAUAAAAUAUCUUGACUUGGCUCACGAGGUUGUCGACAUGUGGAGUGUGGAUUCGGCUAUCAUUGUGCCGAUAGUCGUGUCGGCCAACGGAUUAAUACCCAACAGCCUCGACAAUCACCUUAGGAGGCUGGGGUUGGGCGGAUGGAUCAAGGGCCUGAUGCAGAAGGCAGUACUCCUCGAAACGGCACGUAUUGUGAGGAGGUUUCUGUCUUUGGAGCCCUAACCACCGGUAGCUUGGACCAUGCUCCCGCUACUGGUCGGCUCCUAUUUUUAUAUUUUUAAAUGUUAUUUUGUUUUUUAUUUUUAUAAGUAAUGUUUAAAAAUAUAAUUUUAGAGUGUUAUAAAUAAAUAUAUAUAACAAUAAGAAGGCUUUAUGAUUGCAAUCCAGGACCAAGUAAUUAACACAAAAAACUACAGGAAAUAUAUACUAAAAGACCCCAAUACACAAAACGACAAAUGUAGGAAAUGCCAUAGACAAUCCGAAACUAUACAGCAUAUCACAAGCGCUUGCCCAACUCUCACUCAGACUGACUAUACACACCGACACAACCAAGUUGCACACAUCAUCCACCAACAUCUUGCCACUAAACAUCAACUUCUUACCGAACCUCCCAAGCCUUACUACCAAUAUAUACCAAAACCUGUGCUGGAAAGUACCAAUCACAAGUUAUACUUCGACAGAGCCAUAUUAACAGAUAAAACCGUGCACAACAAUAGACCGGAUAUUACCCUUAUAGACAAAGUUAACAGAAUAGUUAUUGCCGAUAUAGCUAUUCCGAACACCCACAACUUACAAAAAACUAUAACUUAGAAGAUACACAAAUAUACAGAGCUGAAAGAAGAAAUAUUAAGAAUCUGGAGAAUGAACAAAGUAUAUAUUGUGCCAUUGGUACUCUCCAGUACAGGAGUCAUCCCUAAAUAUUUACACCAUGGAAUCAAUCUGAUAGACCUACCCAAAAAUAUAUACAUAACCAUGCAGAAAGCCGCAAUUCUCAACACAUGUCGGAUCGUGCGGAAAUUCUUGCAAGAAGAUGCCGUUGAAAACGAAUCCCACCAUGAAGUUCACUUGGUUUAGGCCCGUGAGCUUCAUUAAUACCGAAAUUCUUAAAAUUUCGAGAAAAAGGAAAUAACAAUAAUAACAUAAGCUGGGAGUACCUCCACGCGGUGAAGGCGGUAACAGUUCAAUACUGGCUAAAACUCCCAUUUUAUUGUAACUCAUCAGAAUAGAUGCCUUCGGGCUUAUGUUGUUUUGUGGUUUACGUAUAAUAAUUUGGAAGUAGCCUACCCGGUAACGCAGGGGAGCAGCCAACAAAAUCUUAUACUCUACAGUUCUUAGUCCAAGUAAUAUUGUGACAAGAAUCAUUAUGCCUAGACGAAAGAAAUCAGGUCUUUCUCAAUAUUCGAGAGCCUCUAAACGCCAGAGACAAGUUAGAUCUCAAGAAACUGAGGAAGAACAUGAGGCACGUUUAGCUGCGAGGCGGGAAUAUUAUGCUGAAUUGGUAUCUUCGGAAACAGCUUCGCAAAGAGAAGAAAGAUUAGCUACGGUUCGAGAACAAGUAGCUGGUUCACGCGCCUCAGAAACGAUGAAUCAGCAUGAAGCACGCCUUACAGCCGACCGUGAGCGUCAUGUCGUAUCUCGCGAGUCCGAGUCAUUCACUCAGCGUGAAGAGCGUCUCACUGCUGACCGUGAGCGUCAUAUCGUAUCUCGCGAGUCCGAGUCAUUAACUCAGCGUGAAGAGCGUCUCUCUACUGACCGUGAACGUCACGCCACAUCCCGCGAGUCUGAGUCAUUCACUCAGCGUGAAGAGCGUCUCACUGCUGACCGUGAGCGUCAUAUCGUAUCUCGCGAGUCCGAGUCAUUAACUCAGCGUGAAGAGCGUCUCACUGCUGACCGUGAGCGUCAUAUCGUAUCUCGCGAGUCCGAGUCAUUCACUCAGCGUGAAGAGCGUCUCUCUACUGACCGUGAACGUCACGCCACAUCCCGCGAGUCUGAGUCAUUCACUCAGCGUGAAGAGCGUCUCACUGCUGACCGUGAGCGUCAUAUCGUAUCUCGCGAAUCCGAGUCAUUAACUCAGCGUGAAGAGCGUCUCACUGCUGACCGUGAGCGUCAUAUCGUAUCUCGCGAGUCCGAGUCAUUCACUCAGCGUGAAGAGCGUCUCUCUACUGACCGUGAACGUCACGCCACAUCCCGCGAGUCUGAGUCAUUCACUCAGCGUGAAGAGCGUCUCACUGCUGACCGUGAGCGUCAUAUCGUAUCUCGCGAGUCCGAGUCAUUAACUCAGCGUGAAGAGCGUCUCACUGCUGACCGUGAGCGUCAUAUCGUAUCUCGCGAGUCCGAGUCAUUCACUCAGCGUGAAGAGCGUCUCUCUACUGACCGUGAACGUCACGCCACAUCCCGCGAGUCUGAGUCAUUCACUCAGCGUGAAGAGCGUCUCACUGCUGACCGUGAACGUCACGCCACAUCUCGCGAGUCUGAGACAUUCACACAGCGUGAAGAUCGGCUCUCAGCUGACCGUUCUCGCCGUGCAAUCUCACGUUCUCUAGAAACAGAUGAGGAAAGAAGUUCACGGCUGUCUGCGGAUCGCCAUCGCCAUGAAAUAUCCCGGAUGUUCGAAAGCGAUGAACAACAUGAUUUGCGUCUGUCGGCUGCUCGCAGCAAUUAAUAGGACAAGACAAUUCAUGGCUUUGUGAGCGAGCAAUACUUACGCCCAAAAAUGACCAAGCCGCUGCCAUCAACCAAAUUAUUCUAGAGCGAAUUGAAGGAGACCAAGUUGUAUACCGGUCUAUAAAUACAGUGGUAGAUCAAAUGGAUGUUACAAAUUACCCGGUUGAAUUUUUAAACUCUCUCGCUGCACCUGGACUCCCCGCACAUAAUAUUACUUUAAAAGUAGGCAUUCCCAUAAUGUUGCUUCGUAAUUUAACACCCCUAAGCUGUGCAAUGGAACUCGGCUAAAAGUAAUUGCACUUCGAAGUAAUAUCAUAGAAGCCGAAAUUCUCACGGGUUGUGGAUCUGGUGAAGUAGUAUUUAUACCACGCAUACCGCUAAUCCCAAAUCAUUUCCCAUUUCAAUUUAAGCGCGUGCAGUUUCCCGUUACUCCAUGUUUUGCGAUGACCAUUAACAAGUCACAAGGUCAGACACUUCGAGCCGCUGGUGUCGAUCUUAGGACGAGCUGUUUUUCACACGGACAGCUUUAUGUGGCUUUCUCGCGUGUCACUAGCUCCGAUAAUUUGUUUGUAUUGGCUCCUACAGGUAGAACAUCAAAUGUGGUGUAUAAAGAAAUUCUUUAGGCUUAUAGCGAUGUAUUUCGACGUUCGGUAUGGUGGAAGUACAAAGUGUCCUGAUCAACAUAUAUGAGAAGUGGUUAUUUAACUGGCAUGCAACACCUUCACUUUAAAAACAUACGGAAAUGACUCUAUUAUAAUAGUUUUUUAUCUUCUGUUGGCGCAUUAACAUCUCUUGGCGAAACGGAGUUCGCGGGCACCAGCUAGUUAUUAAUAAUUCUAUUCGACGAUGCAAACGCUUAAAUCCUGAGUACAGACUAGUUGAACAAAAGCGAUUAGGUAUCAAUAUUACAUACCAAGAGGAGCUCGUAUUUGCUCUGUACAUAGACAGGAGGCUAAUUAUGUCAACCUGUACACUGCUGAGUAUAGCCUUAAUGGCUUUACUUCCACACAUAUAGAGGAGAUAUUUUUAUACUUAUAGAAGGGCUUAAUAACAUAUCUUAUGAGAAUAUUCAAAACUACCCCGAUAACCAAGUACAGUAUUUUAUAGGCAUUACCAAACAACAACAUCAACAAAU